AUGAAUCAAGAUGGUAAUGCUCAAGAGGCCGAAGAGUAUCAUGACAGUGGUACAAUCACAUCUGUGGCACGGUAUACAAAACGAUACAAUCUGAACACCACUAUCGUUCUAGCCGAUUCUGAAUAUUCCCUUUACUUCGACUAUGUCAUUGCGAAUAGGUUUGUAAACAAGAGUGGCUACGAGUUUUGGAAGAAACCAGGUGUUGAGGGAACAGGCUACGGUUUAUAUGUGGAACCCCUAAAUUAUCGAUCAACCACCAGCCUUGACCGUGGUGUUAUUGACGAAGCAAUGAAAAUGCCGGAUAUCGCUACAGCGGCUUCUAUGUAUGUUCUACGGGAAAGGAAGAUUGGGGGAGGACCAUCAGCUGCCCUGGACUUCCUUGUAGCUCUUUACAAGGCCUAUCAGCUCAAGAAUAGAAAAGACAUCAAAGGUCGCCUUACUAUCGUCACAGUUAUUGGCGAUCCGGGUAAGAACUAUGAGAGCACAUACUUUAAUCCAGUUUGGAUCAAUAAAAAAUUCGCUGACAGGGGCGGUAUGGAAGCACUCAAUUGUUGGAAGAAGGUGAAUUUUUACGUUUUAGCCUUUCACACGCCUCUGCACAACAGAAGAGCAGAACAGUAUGCUCCAAAAGGAUAG